CAGACGAUACAAUAGUUUACUUAAUUUCAAGAUAAUAUCUUCUAAUGGAAAGAAAAAGACUACUUGAAAUGGUGUUUUUCUGGCAUGGAACCCCCGGAUCCUGGCGCCUGAUGCUCUGGCUUCUGCUGCUCCUCGCCUGGGAGGUGGGCAGCGGGCAGCUCCACUACUCCGUCCCCGAGGAGGCCAAGCACGGCACCUUCGUGGGCCGCAUCGCGCAGGAUCUGGGGCUGGAGCUGGCGGAGCUGGUGCCGCGCCUGUUCCGCGUGGAAUCCAAAGACCGCGGGGACCUUCUGGAGGUGAAUUUGCAGAAUGGCAUUUUGUUUGUGAAUUCUCGGAUCGACCGCGAGGAGUUGUGCGGGCGGAGCGCGGCGUGCGGCAUCCACCUGGAGGUGAUCGUGGAGCAGCCGCUGCAGGUUUUCCACGUGGAGGUGGAGGUGAAGGACAUUAACGACAACCCGCCCCUGUUCCCAGUAACAGAACAAAAGCUGUUUGUUUCAGAAUCCAGAAUGCCUGAUUCUCGGUUUCCGCUAGAGGGCGCGUCGGAUGCAGAUAUUGGGACCAACUCCAUCUUAACCUAUAAACUCAGCUCCAGUGAUUAUUUUACACUAGAUGUGAACUCAAAGAACGAGGAGAAUAAACAGGUGGAACUCGUGUUAAGGAAGUCCUUGGACCGAGAGGAAGCACGGGAACAUAACCUAGUCCUGACUGCCACAGACGGGGGCAAGCCUGAGCUGACAGGCACUGUGCAGCUGCAGGUCACAGUGCUGGAUGUGAACGAUAACGCCCCGAGUUUCCAGCAGUCUGAGUACCAAGUGAGAAUCUUUGAAAACGCCGACAUCGGCACCGUCGUUAUCCGACUUAAUGCUUCUGAUCAGGAUGAAGGCGUGAAUAAGGACAUUUCGUACUCGUUUAAUAGCCUUGUGCCAGCUAUGGUUUUAGCCCAGUUUAGCAUCGAUCCAAACACGGGAGAAGUCGUUAUUAAAAAGAAUCUUGAUUAUGAAAAGGUGACUUCCUAUAAAAUCCGCAUUGAUGCCACAGACAAAGGCCACCCUCCUAUGGCGGGUCAUUGUACACUUUUAGUAAAAGUUUUAGACAUUAAUGAUAAUGUCCCCCAGAUUACCUUGACUUCAUUAGUGGUCACCUCCCUUUCCCUCCCUGUUCGAGAGGACGCUCCCCUGGGCACCGUCAUCGCCCUGUUCAGCGUGUCCGACCGCGACUCUGGGGCCAACGGACAGGUGACCUGCUCCCUGACGCCCACCGCUCCCUUCAAGCUGGUGUCCACCUUCAAGAACUAUUACUCCCUGGUGCUGGACAGCGCUUUGGACCGCGAGAGCGUGGCGGCCUAUGAGCUGGAGGUGACGGCGCGCGAUGGGGGCUCGCCCCCGCUGUCGGCCACGGCGCACGUGUCCGUGGAGGUGGCGGACGUGAACGACAACGCGCCCGCGUUCGCGCAGGCCGAGUACACGGUGUUCGUGAAGGAGAACAACCCGCCGGGCAGCCACCCGGCGCUGGUGUGCUCGAGCGCGGUGGGCAGCUGGUCUUCGUCGCAGCAGAGGCGGCCGCGGGUGUGCUCUGGGGAGGGGCCGCCCAAGACCGACCUCAUGGCCUUCAGCCCCAGCCUCCCUCCAGCGUUGGAUAGACAAGGAGAAGAAAGAUCGGAGACAGGCUCAAAUCACUGUGGACAGACUAUAAAUAAACCUAUUUCCAUGAAUAAAAUAUUUUUGAAUGAUGAAAAACGUUCAGUUCUUGAAACUAAACAAAACAAACAAAUGAAUUAG